AUGUCUGCAUGGCUUCCGCUGAACUUAUUUCUCUCUAUAGUCAGAAUUAAAUGCCAGGUUGUGAUAUACUCGAAAGAUGAGUGUCAUGCUAAUUAUAAUCGGAUUUCUCCUUCAGCUUUAAAGUGCUCGACCUUGUCAUUACCGAGGAAUGGUGUCCUCUUGGGAUGUAACACCAAUAACACAGAGAUGUCAUAUGACACUGAAUGCAGGUUCUUUUGUAAGGAAGGAUCUGAAGCGAUUGGUGCAACAAUAAAGAGGUGUGCUGAAAAUGGAACGUGGAUUGGACCAGACCUUGCUUGUCCAGGUACGAGAGAUGCGAACUAUUGGUACUAUCAAAAUGUAAUGGAAUUUAAGUGGUUUUCGCUAGUUUUUACUUGUUGUAUUCAUUGCGUCGCAUGA